GUUUUAUGGUGUUCCAUACAUCUGGAAAGUUCUCUAUUUCUCAAAAUGUGCAUGCUACACAAUUUUGCUGGAAAUAUUGAGAUGUAUGGUAUUCUCGAUGCAAUUGCACUUGGACCUAUUGAAGAUCGUACAAGUGAAAAUUCAACCAUGGUUAGUUGCCCUUUUGUGGUACUUAAAAUAUAAUUUAUUAUGUGCAGCUUAUUUUGUGAUAGAUGGUACCUAGUCCCAGGGUUUUUAAUUUCAAAUAAUACUGUCUGGUACGGGCGAUACGUACCGGUCUAAUAGCAUACCGGUACAUGGACCGUCCGCUAUCGGGCGGAACACUCAAUAUCGUCGCGUAUCAGAUGAAACAGGAGCAUAUCGAACGGUAACAAUUGAAAUUUCGAUCGUUAUCGCCCGACACAGUUACCGCUCGACAUAGCACGGUAACGGUUGAUUUCGACCGUUACCUACAUUUUUUUUUCCUUUUGAACCAUUAUUUGGGCUAGUUCCACAUUGUGAAUUUGCUGGUUGUGUCAAAUGUCAUCAAGGUUCAACAGCUUAAAACAUGCCAUUACAGUGGUUAGUGUUGUGCUUCUGACCAGUGAUAUAGGAUUGUUGGAAUUUGUUAUUUUAGUUCAUUAGUGAGUUAAAAUUAUUCCUUAAUCUAGGUGUGGUAGCUAUAAUUUAUUUAUAUAGUUUAUUAUAUUAUUUCUUGCAUCUCUAGAAAAUUACUGAGAAAUGUUUGAAUAUAUAAACACCAUUUUAUGACAGUGUUCACAAUUUUAAUUUUGUAAAAUCUGUAGUGAAUCACAUCUCAUGUUUUCACUAUGAAAAUGAUUGGUGAAGCACGAACAAAAUCUGUGCUAUCUGUUAAAGGAAGUCUUAUAAACUGGUAGUGUCAAUCUUUUUCUCAAACAUAUCUUUAUUAGUCAAAAAAUAUAUUUUUCGGUGCUGAAGCCUUUUUGUGAGCAUCAAAGGAUAUGAGUUUGACUACUUGGAUAAAAUAAAGUUUGUUUUUGCAGAUUUAAAAUUUUUAUUUUUAGCUAAAAAAAUGUUCCCUGUCGCUUUCAACAAGUAAAAGUUGUAGCAAAAUUUGUUGUGAUUUCUGUUAUAAGUUAUGGAAUUUAGAAGGAGCUAUAUAUUAAUAUCAUCUCUUAAUCCAUAUAUAUCCUUGAGGAAUAUCAUUGGUAUGUUUUAUGUUUGUCUAAUGUUUCGCUGGUCUAAAGGUUGGCGUUGGAAUGUCUAGCAAAAUCCUGUUGUUUAUGAUCUGAUGUCUGAAAUGGCAUUUCAUCAUAAACCAGUAGAUGUCAAGAUCUGGGUUGACUUAUAUGCAACAAGGAGAUAUGGAAGGUCUGUUCCAACACUACAAGAUGCCUGGCAGAUACUAUAUCAUACUCUAUAUAAUUGCACAGAUGGUGCCUAUGACAAAAAUCGAGAUGUAAUUGUUGCAUUUCCAGAUGUUGAUCCAUCUGUCAUAUUGAUACCAGAGAUAUUUGAAGAGAGAAAGCUUGUGCAUUUUAGUCGACAAUUAUCAGAAAGAGAGCCACUGAAGGAAACAUCUAAUUCUUAUGAUCAACCACAUUUAUGGUAUUCAACUGCUGAUGUCACACGCGCAUUAGUUCUUUUCCUAGAAAAUGGGUAUGACGUAUCAGAUAGUCAGACUUUCAGAUAUGAUCUCGUGGAUCUCACCCGUCAGGCAUUAGCAAAGUAUGCAAACAAAGUAUUCUUGAAGAUUAUAGAAGGGUACCAACUCAGUAAUUUAAAACAAGUGACCAUAUAUAGGCAGCACUUUCUUGACCUUGUGAAAGAUUUGGACAUGCUUUUGUCAUGCCAUGAUGGAUUUCUGCUUGGACCCUGGUUGGAAAGUGCUAAGCACCUUUCAAGAUACCCAGAACAGGAGCAACAGUUUGAAUGGAAUGCAAGGACUCAAGUAACCAUGUGGUUUGAUAACACUGAGACUGAAGCUAGUUUGCUUCGUGAUUAUGGAAACAAGUACUGGAGUGGUCUUCUACUAGACUACUAUGGGCCAAGAGCAUCUAUAUAUUUCAAGUACAUGAUAGACAGCUUGGCGAAGGGGGAGAGUUUCCCAUUAGAAGACUGGAGGAGGGGCUGGAUAGGCCUUACCAACAAGUGGCAAAGCAGUAGAAAUUUGUUUCCAGUGAAAGCUUCUGGUGAUGCUCUAAAUAUAUCUCGAUGGCUAUAUGACAAGUAUUUUUGUACUGAUAACUUGCAAUCACUUUAUAUGGGUUCAAACUAUGAUGAAGCUGCUAAUUUUGUGAUCUUUUAUUUUUGACACACAAUCUCCUAAUGAUAAUUUCGUUCCCGAAGUUCAAAAGAAUCUUAUUGCCUUGGUUUUUUUAUCAAAACAAUUAUGUUAUGAGUUGUUUGUUCCAUAAUGGAUUCCUAAUCUAUUUA